ACGCGGGGGAGACGGGCAUCAUGACGGGCGAGGUGGGUUCGGAGAUUUGCCUAGAAGUCAAUGAUCUAAAACUUAUUUCACAAGAAGGAGCAGACAGUCCUUCAGACAGUGGACAAGGCAGCUUUGAAACAAUUGAGCCCUUGAUUGAAAGAGAUUCAGAUGAAGAGAUAUUCAUGAGUAAGAAGCUGAAGAACAGGAAGGUGAUACAAUACAGUGAUUCUGAAACUGAGGACACAAAUGCCACUCCAGAGAAACCUACCUGUGACAGCGCUGAGGAAGAGAAAGAGAACCUCUAUGCUGCAAAAAGUAGAAAAAUCAAAAGGAUUUACAAAACUCUGGCUGACAGUGAUGAAAGUAAUGUGGAAGAGUCCUUUUCUCAAGAAAAUCCUAAAACUGAAGUGACACCUUGCUUGGAGCUGAGUUUCCAAUCUGGAAACUCUGUGAACUUUACCACAGACACAAAGACUUCCAAAAAGUCUGUACACAAUCAAGAAGGAAGGAGGGGAAAAGCGAAAGUAAAAUCAAAGAGAAGACUUGAGAAAGAGGAGAGAAAGAUGGAAAAAAUUAGACAGUUAAAAAAGAAGGAAACAAAAAAUGAGGAAAAUAAUGCCGAACAGCCACUGAAUGACAGUGGCUGUCUUCUUGCAGACGAAGACCUUUUUGAAACGGGUUUGGAGGAGGAAAAUAAUGCUCCAUUGGAAGAUGAAGAAUCACUGGAAUCAAUAAGGGCUGCUGUGAAGAACAAAGUAAAAAAUCACAAGAAAAAGGAAUCUUCUUUGGAGAGUGGGGUUUUCUCAUUUGAGGAAGAGAGUGAGUUACCAAAAGGCACCAUGAAAAAGGAAAGAAAGGCAGCCAAAUUAAGUAAGGAAGCAUUAAAAAAACUGCACAGUGAGACUCAGCGCCUGAUACGAGAGUCUGCACUUAAUCUUCCAUAUCAUAUGCCUGAGAAUAAAACCAUUCAUGAUUUCUUCAAACGUAAACCCCGGCCCACUUGUCAGGGCAAUGCCAUGGCACUACUGAAGUCAUUUAAGUAUCAGUCAAGCCAUCAUAAAGAAAUUACAGACACUGCAAAGGCAACUGAAAUGAAUGGUGACUACUAUAACAAAGGUUCCGAACACACAGCAAGUACAGGAUCUGAAACGGAAAUGAAGGAACACCCUGUGGUCUCAAAGGAAGCUCAGAUUGCUACUGGAUCAGAUGAGACUUCCACUACAGUUCUAGUGAGAAGUGAAGGACUAGAAAUUGAGGAGAAAGAGAAACAGAAUGAUCAUAGGCCUGAGGACAACUCAGUAUUGCAGCAAGAAUCUGGCUUCCUCAGGAACAUGGCCAAUGAGGAAUAUCAGAUUGGAGACCUUGUGGCCCCUGACCCUCAAGCCCUGGGGAAAGAAGAAGGCCUGCAAAUACCAGAUAAAACAGAGGAGAAACCAGAAGAAGCCAUGCAGCAAACUAAAUCAGCAGCACCUGUAGUACCUGAAAAAGUGAGAAGGUUCACGGUGGAUAGACUAAAGCAACUGGGAGUGGAUGUUUCCAUUAAACCCCGGCUGGGAGCCGAUAAGGAUUCCUUUGUGAUACUUGAUGAACCCGAAACCAACAGAGAGCUGGAAGCCUUGAAGCAGCGUUUCUGGAAGCAUGCGAAGCCAGCAGCCAGACCCAGAGCUGGCCAGACGGUGAACGUGAAUGUCAUCGUGAAAGACCUGGGCACUGAUGGGAAGGAAGAGCUAAAGGCAGAUGUGGUGCCUGUGACCUUGGCAGCUGAGACCCAGGAUGAAGUAAGCCACACAAAGCCAGGUGAAAAACUGCAGGCAUUAAAAGCUAAAUUGCAAGAAGCAAUGAAACUCCGAAGGUUUGAGGAGCGCCAAAAGCGCCAAGCAUUAUUUCAAUUGGAUAAUGAAGAUGGGUUUGAAGAAGAGGAGGAGGAAGAGGAAGAAAUGACAGAAGAGUCUGAGGAAGAUGGAGAAGAGGAGACAGAGAACGAAGAGGAAGAUGGAGUGGAGAAGGAAGAGGAAGAACUAGAGGAAGAGGAGGAAGGCAAUCAGGAGACUGCAGAAUUCCUUCUUGGUAAUGAAGAUAUCAGAAGCAAAGAUGAGAAAGAAAUAGAUAAAGAAAAUACGGAUGGCAGUAGUGAAAUCGGCAAGUCGGUUGACCUCUCUGUACCCAAGCCUCUCUCGUCAGAUUCUACCUUACUUCUGUUCAAGGACAACUCUUCCAAGAUGGGUUACUUUGUCACUGAAGAAAAAUCAGAAACAGAUGAAAACUCUGGCAAAGGGCCAAGCAAGCUGGAUGAAGAAGAUUCGUGUUUAUUGCUAACAAAAGAGAACAGCCACAACAGCAGCUUUGAGCUGAUUGGCUCCACAAUUCCAUCCUAUCAACCUUGCAACAGACAAACAGGCCGGGUGACCAGUGUUUUCCCUACACUGCGGGGAUUCAGAUCUCCUUCUCCUGGGCUAUUUCGAGCUAGUUUGGUCAGCUCAGCUUCUAAGAGUUCAGGGAAACUGUCUGAGCCUUCACUUCCUAUAGAGGAUUCCCAAGAUCUGUACAACGCCUCCCCAGAGCCCAAGACGCUUUUCCUAGGAGCAGGAGAUGACUUCCAGUUCUGCUUAGAAGAUGACACUCAAAGCCAACUGUUGGAUGCAGAUGGGUUCUUAAAUGUUAGAAACCACAGAAAUCAGCACCAAGCUUUGAAACCUCAGCUGCCACUGGCCAGUAUGGAUGAGAAUGCCAUGGAUGCCAACAUGGAUGAGCUGCUGGAUUUGUGUACUGGAAAGUUUACAUCUCAGACUGAAAAAUGUCAACCCAGGAAGACUGACAAGAAGGAGAACAUGGAGGAACUUUUGAAUCUUUGCUCAGGAAAAUUCCCUUCUCAGGAUGCAUCCCUUCUGGCUCCCUUGGAGUUGAGCAAACAGGAGAAGGAGAACAGCACCAGUGACCCAAUGGAAGAAGCUCUUGCUCUUUGCUCAGGCUCUUUCCCUACAGACAGGGAAGAAGGUGAAGAGGGGGAUUUUGGAGAUUUUCGGCUCGUGCCACACAACGGUGAUUUUGACAGUGAUGAGGAUGAACACAGUGACUCUGAUAAUGAAAAUUUGGCAUUGGAUGACCAGGAAGAUGAGGAUGAAGAAGAACUCUUAAAGCGAUCUGAAAAGCUGAAAAGGCAAAUGAGGUUGAAGAAAUAUCUGGAGGAUGAAGCGGAGGUGUCAGGAAGUGACGUGGGGAGUGAAGACGAGUAUGAUGGGGAAGAGAUCAAUGAGUACGAAGAGGAUGUGAUUGAUGAAAUUCUUCCUUCUGAUGAGGAACUACAGAGUCAAAUCAAGAAAAUACACAUGAAGACCAUGCUGGAUGAUGAUAAGCGACAGCUCCGCUUAUACCAAGAGCGGUACCUUGCUGAUGGAGAUCUGCACAGUGAUGGACCUGGGCGGAUGAGGAAAUUCCGAUGGAAAAACAUAGAUGAUGCUUCCCAGAUGGACUUAUUCCACCGAGAUUCUGAUGAUGAUCAAGUUGAAGAACAGCUUGAUGAGACAGAAGCCAGGUGGAGGAAGGAGCGAUUUGAACGGGAGCAGUGGCUUCGGGACCAGGCCCAGCAGGGGAAGAGUACAGUUGAAGAAGAAGAAAUUGGGGAAGACAGUCAGUUCAUGAUGCUAGCCAAGAAGGUUACAGCCAAAGCAUUGCAGAAGAAUGCCAAUCGGCCUGUGGUUAUCCAGGAAUCAAAGUCUGUACUCAGUAACCCUUUUGAAGCUAUCAGAUCUAGAACUCCUCACCAGCUAAGAACAGGCUCACUGCUAAACCAGCCCAAAGCUGUGCUUCAGAAACUGGCUGGCCUCUCGGACCUCAACCCCAGUGCUCCCCGAAAUUCAAGAAACUUUGUCUUUCAUACACUUUCUCCUGUCAAGGCUGAGGCAGCAAAGGAAUCAUCUAAGCCUCAGGUGAGGAGAAAAGGACCAUCAUUAAAGACAUCCUUUUCUCCUAAGCGCCUCAAGACAGAAGAUAGCAGCCCAGGAUCAAAGCGAAGCAUCUUUAGAUACUUGGAAAGCUAACACCAUCAAGGACGUCAGCGUCUGUGCCAAGACUUCUUGGUAACUCGGUACUAGAAACCGGCACUGAAGGUUGGAGCUGUUGCAUAUGCCGAUGAUCUCUUCUUCCCUCAUAAUCAGUGGUGCAUUAAGAUUGCAGACAGGAUUCCAGUUCUUUCUACUGCUGGACCGUGGCUAUCUUCCUUUCCUUGUAUUUCCUUGGUUGGCCAACUCAUCAUAAUUCUGCAGUGUUUCCAACACCGAUUUAUGGAAUGCCUAAGUGAAUCUUCAUACACUCCAUUAAACAUUUGAUAGUUUAUCCCAGCACUGCCCUGGGUUUCCAUCUCUUUGUGAUAAAGGUAGUUGGGAAAGGAGGAAGUAGAGGAGGAGGGCAGAAAGUGGCGUUAUAGACAGUGGUGAAAGUCAGUAUCAGAGUGACUCCUGCAUACCUGUGAGAGCUCUGCCAUAGUAACGGAAGUCAGCGAAGAAGAGACUUCUUAGGUGAUGAACCUUGGGACCAGCAGAUGGACUGUUGUGACCUUUUCCAUUUUUCUGUAGGCGUCUCAGGGCAGCCUCAGAGUUCAGCGUAGCUUUUUCUGCCUUUGUAGCAAAGGCUUAAACUGGUACCCAGUUCAGAAGGACCUUGACAUGGACUGCCCCAGUGUCUGGCUGCAUUAGACAGUCUGUGGAGCAGAGACCUUUCCUAGGACUAAGGGUUAUAGUCACUUGCCACCUUUCUUGAACUCCCACAAAGCUUUCAGAAUGUUAGACAGACUCUCCCCUGCCCCACCUCAGGACUGAACGUCCUUGCAGCUUUGAAAAGAUUCCAUGUGAGUAUACUUUGAGUAUCAGGAGCUGAAUAGACUUGGGAAGGUGAAUGGGAUCAUACCUUUUUUUGAGAGACAGGGAACACCAAUUUAAGUGAUAAAAUGAGGGUGCCGUUGUUUCCUACAGUUUUUUCUAACACUCAAGAUGCUGACCUUUUUUUUUUUUUUUUUUUUUUUUUUGUGGAACCGGGGUUU